UAUACCGCCACCUCGUGUUCACUGAGUGCACUCAAUAUCACCUCAGCAGACGGUCCACAGAGUAUGCCUGCUCCACAGGACCCAGUGUAUCUGCUUGAUUCUGGCAGAAAUAGACAAACAUUUAGUCUCGUGGCAAAUAAAUUACAAUUAUAGUUAAUCAGGUUCAGAAUUAUGACUAAUUUCAUAAAUCACAAGCAGUUUUGUAUUGAUUCUGAGGGUUUCGACUAGUUCAACCAGUUUAAACGUCAGUUUUUGCUGCUUCCCAUUAAGAAAACGGGGGUUUGAUUUACUUUUAUUCCCAACAGAUAAUACAAAACCUCCAUGUGGGCUCAGAGCCUCAAACAGGCGCUGCAGCUUCCCAUUGGCCACUGCGCGCGACAGGGGGCGGGGAGAGGCGCACGUGUUUUUAAAGUCUGUCUUUGCAACGACAAAUAUCUUCUUCAGUGUUGCUGAAGAGGCUUAUGGCAGAAUUUACGGCGCCAGACGGGAAACUAAGAGAACGUAAUAAAAAGAGCAGUGAGGAUAAAAGAGAGGAGGUGUGCGUAUCUGGCACAUAUGGGACUUAUUACAACAAGAAAACGGCAGAUUUGCGCUGCGAGGACCAACAGCCCACUUCACUGAUGAGGUCCAAACCAGCCGUCAGAGAGGAGUGACCCGCCCUCGCCAAAAGGUGCACACAGCACGGCUGCAGAAGCACAGGCCCAGCCUCCCCUGUUCCCCCCUGCAGGAUCUACUCCUGUUGUUCACAUUUUCUGCUUGAGUUUGUCCCUGGGAUCAUUCAAAACUGUUUCUCCAACGGUUCUACCAAAAACUUAAACUGUUUUCCAAAGCAGAAUCGGCCCAGCCCUCCCAGGCGGAAGCGAUGGGGAGUGUGCGAAGCCAUCGCUACAGCAUUGUGUCCUCUGAGGAAGAUGGCAUGAAGCUGGCCACCAUUGCUGUCCCGAAUGGCUAUGGAAAUGGCAAUGUCAACAAGGUGCACACAGAGCACCAACAUCAGAGCCGCUUUGUCAGGAAGGAUGGUCACUGCAAUGUGCAGUUUAUCAAUAUGAGCGAGAAAGGCCAGCGGUACCUGGCAGAUAUCUUCACCACCUGUGUGGACAUUCGCUGGCGCUGGAUGCUGCUCAUAUUCUGCCUUUCUUUCCUGCUGUCGUGGCUGUUUUUCGGCUUUGUCUUCUGGGUAGUGGCCCUCUCUUAUGGGGACUUAGAGAAUGAGACUCAGAUAUGCGUUUCCAAUGUGGACAGCUUCACUGCUGCUUUCUUGUUCUCAGUGGAGACCCAAACCACAAUUGGCUAUGGUUAUCGCUAUGUGACAGAGGAGUGCCCCAUUGCUGUCUUCAUGGUCGUCUUUCAGAGUAUUUUGGGCUGCAUCAUAGAUGCUUUCAUCAUUGGUGCUGUGAUGGCAAAGAUGGCCAAGCCCAAAAAGAGGAAUGAAACCUUGGUGUUCAGCCACUAUGCCACAGUGGCCAUGAGGGACGGCAAACUGUGCCUGAUGUGGCGCGUGGGGAACCUGAGGAAGAGUCACCUGGUGGAGGCCCACGUCAGAGCCCAGCUCCUUAAGUCACGCACCACCUCAGAGGGAGAGUUCAUCCCUCUGGAUCAGGUAGACAUUGACGUAGGCUUUGAUAGUGGCAUCGACAGAAUCUUCCUGGUGUCCCCGAUUACCAUCGUGCAUGAGAUUGAUGAGGACAGUCCAUUCUAUGAGAUGAGUAAACAGGAGCUGGAGACGUCAGAGUUCGAGAUUGUAGUGAUCCUGGAGGGCAUGGUCGAGGCCACAGCCAUGACCACUCAGUGUCGGAGCUCAUACGUGGCCAGCGAAAUCCUGUGGGGCCACCGCUUUGAGCCGGUGCUCUUCGAAGAAAAGAACUACUACAAAGUGGACUAUUCUCGCUUUGACAACACCUACGAGGUGCCCAGCACGCCCCACUGUAGUGCAAGGGAACUAGCUGAGAAGAAGUCCAACGCCUCCAGCUUGAGGAACUCCUUUUGUUAUGAGAACGAGGUGGCUCUGGAAAAAGUAGAGAUGGAGGAGGAGUUUGUGGAGGACGACAACAGGCAGAUGUGCGGCAUUGAGGUUGGUGCACUUGAAGAUGCGAACACAGAUUUGGUGUCAGACUCUGAAUGCAAUCUGGACUCUCUGCCUUUGGAAUCAACACCUUUGACAGCAGAAUCAGAAAUAUGACUGCAGGGAUAAAGAAGGAUUAAACAGUACCACAGGGUAUGAUCAAGUUUGCUUGAACUUUGGUCCCAAUUGCUGUUGUCGAUAAUGCAUGACAGUUUGUGAAAGACUGUGAUUUGAGUAUGAAAUUCUCUAUACAGAAGCUCACACACAAGACACAGAGGAACUACAAACAUGUUCUGUUGUUUUUGGUAAAAGUGGUGGUAACUUAACAGGUUGCAUGAAGCUAAAAUGGGUUAGAUGCCUUCACUUAUACAUCGUGCAGUCUGUUUCUGUGUGUACUGUCCUUAUUAAGCUAAACAUUUUAGUAGAAUAGCCAAUUGGGUUGAUUACAUUUGUUAAUUUAUUCAAGUGCACAUUUUGAAUUGAACAUCCUGCGUGUAAUAGGUCUUCCUAAACUUCACAUGAGGUUUUGACUGGCUAAAAUAAUUUAAUAUAUUUAAUUUCAAUUGAAAACAUUUGAUCAAACCAGAAGUUUUUAGACUUGAUUUUAAAUGCCAACCUAAAUGUAUGCAUUUUUAAAUCAUUUUAAGUUCAACAAUCUUGUUUUAAAGGCUACCAACAUUGUUUUGACAAGUUAAACCACCUGCUUAAAAAGGUCAUGGUUUGUUAAUGAGCUGGUCUCUUAGCAAAGUGUAUGUCCAGUCUUCUUCAGUGUGGUGGUCUUGGUGUGUUCUCAUGGUGUAAGGCAAGGGAAGAGAUAUUUUGCACAGAUUACGAGCACAAGUACACUAUGCUCCUCAACCUAUCAUCUUGUCUAAGUGUAGCAUCUUUUGCAACGUGUGCCUUAAACAAAAAGUCUCAGUCCCGGCGGAGGCACUCAGGAGGUUUGGCUUCGACUGAGCACACACUGCAUUAGAUGUCACAGGCAGAAGCAUUCAAGAGGCGAUUCACUGUGCAGUUUACUGCCACUUCUAACAGGUCUUUCAUGUCCUAAUGUGCAAUACAGUUCAGUGGUAGAAUGCGACAGGAAGCUCAAGCCUGAGCCGAGGUUAUGAAUGUUGACGAUAAGUGCUGCUAAGUUACAUAUUGUAUGUUUAGAGAGAAAUCUAGGAGCCAAAAUGUAUUAUUUGUCUUUAAAGUAUCCAUUUUUGAAGAUUGCAGAUGCAGCCUAUAAUGUUAUUUUUAGAUGUAGACGAGCAUGAUUCUGUCAGUGUGUUUUCCAAAGCUUUAGUGCAAUUUUCUCCCUCAACCAGACCCCCCCCCCCACCCUCCACACACACACACACCACCCCCCACCCCCUCCCAGUAACAACAGAAACUGUUCUAUUACACAAAGCCAAAUGUGUACAUAUAUAUAUAAGAGACAACCGACAACCGACAACCUGAUUUGAAACAUGAACUUUUCCUCAUCUAACAGUGACAGGCUGUUGAAACAACGAUUUGUUUGAGUGGAAUUUUGACGUAGUCUCUUCUUUAUAUUAACAUCAGUGUUCUUGGCAUCGUGCAGAAUUUGGACACAUCUUAGUUUAACCCUCUCACUUCACCAUUGCGGGUCUUGUGAAGUUAUAUUGUCAUUUCUGAGUGGACCCUUGCUUUGUCUUAUUGAAGAUCAGGUCAGCUGGUUUAUAUUUCAGUUACAAUCACAAAUCCUGAAUGGAGGUAGCACACUUGACUUCAGUCUUACACAAGAUUGAGCUUUGAUGUUUAUUUUUUUAAACUAUUACUCUAGGUGUUAUUGUGACACAUUCAUGCUUGGAUAAUGCCAGUGGAAGCCAGCGUACAGUACUGCUUCUCUGGUAAGGAAAUCUAUUAAAACACUUUAUCUGUUCUCACAUUGACACUUCUCCUGUCUUAGGUCUUUAUUUUUCUACCAGGGUCAUCCCACCUUCCUGCACAAACUAGAGACUGUACAGAUUUUUUAUCUUUUGUAAAUUAUCAUGCAAGUACUGUAUAUUGAUAUUGCAGUUGUUGAAAACUGUUUAUGUUCUUUUUUCAAUAAAAACUUGAACAAAAUCA